AUGUCCCAGAAGACAAUCACGUCGUUUUUUAAUAGCAGGAAAAGACCCGCUACUGACGAUAUUUUAGCUUCUAAAAGUAAAGUUCCACAUAUUGAUAGGACUUUAGAAUCUAAUCUGAGUGGGAAAGGUAUUAUAAAAAAAUGUGAUUUAAUUUCUGUUGAACUCGAAGAAACAACUUGUGAAACUACAAAGAAGCCUGCAUCACUACAUGUUUCUUCUAAGGAUAAAGUUAGUUCAGCAUUUGCCAAGAAGGAUAAUGUUGGAAACACGGUAAAAAGUACAGCUUCCUGCAAAUCUGACAUAGUGGUUUCUUCUCGAAAAGAGUUGAGUCUUGGUGAUAUUAGAAAAAAGUUAGCUAGCAGUUCUAGGUUAGCCGAACUAAAGGCUACAGCAGAUCGUCUUAGCAAGGGCAUACAAGAGCUUAAAGCGGCUAGUGAGAAGCGCAAUCUCAAAGAAUUUAAGUCCAUUGAUGUGGAAGUACCUUCAAGUCCAAGCAAGAAAUCUUUAAUUCAGGCAGAGCUACUAUCUCCUAAAAAAUGUGUGUCAACACCGCCUUCUCAUCAGAGACCCCUGAUAUCACCCAGAAAAGUCUUUGUUAGUCCUGUUAAAAGUCCAUCCAAGGUUCCAGCAUACAUUCGUCAUGCUGCACUGGCGACAUCAUCUAGCAGUCUCCCUCUACCACAUCACUAUAGAUUCCUUGCUGAACUAUUUCGUGGGAUGGAAACCGUUGUGGCUCUACUAUAUAAUCGAAAUGAAAAAAUCACAUUUGCUAAACUGAAACCCUCUGUACAAGAAAUGCUUAAGAGAUCUUUUACACAAAAACAUUUAGCUCAAAUAAAACAUUUAGUGCCAGAUUUUUACAAUUAUAAUGUCCAAAAGAUGAAGAACUUUAGUGCUUCGUCCCACAAAGAAGAAUAUGAAUUAGUUAUUUCACCAAAUUUUCCUAAUGACAUUAAAAAUAUGAACCCUAGUGUACUGUUAGAAAGACGUAGAUACUUCUAUGAUAUUUUGUUACAGUUGGUAAAAAAACAUCAUGCACAAUACCUAAAGACACUUGAUCCGCCAAUGGAGAUUCCCGAUGAUAAGUUAACUCGUUGGCAUCCUGAAUUCGAGAUCGAAAAAAUACCAGAAGUUGAGAGUGCAAAACUACCUGAAAUGCCGAACGUCCAGAAAUUUUCUAACGCACAGGACGUACUAGCCAAGGCUCGUGAAUUAUUUAAAUGUAAUACAAAAAUGGAACGAGCUUUAGAAAAGUUGGCCCAAGCUAAAGCCCGUGGCCUAACGGAAGAAGAGAAAGUAGCCACAGGACUACCAGAUGAUAAGCCUAGCCCUUCAUUAAAUGGUGUAAAAACAAGUGGUACACAAACCACGCAAUCUUCUACCAGUACAGUAACACUAUUAAAUCCUGCACUUCGUAAUCUUCCCACAUCUCUACUAGAGAAAGUUAAAGCAAAACAAGCCGCCAAAGCUCUAGAAGCUAUGACCAGGUCUACUGAUCAUGAUCAAAAAUACAUAAUUUACAGUCGCUUGCCUGAUCUUGCUAGGACACUUAGAAAUAUCUUCGUCACAGAAAGAAAGAAUGUUCUCGCAUUAAACAUAAUUCUUUCCAAAUUGGAUAGCAGUUUCAAAUCCAAUGUUUCAGCUAAUGAUUUACAAAGGGACAUUAAGGUUCUCACAGAGGAAAUACCAGAAUGGAUCAAGUUGCAUGUAAUAAGAAAUAAUACUUAUCUAAAAAUGGAUAAAACUGCCGACUUGCAAAAAAUUAUUGCCAGGUUGGAGGGCUUAGCUAAUAAGUAUAGAAAUGAUUAA